GAAAAAGAGCAAAAAAACCUCACCAAUUAAGGGUCCUACCCAUGUAAGUGUUGCUCAAAUUGGAUGGGACUUCAUUUCCAAUGAACCGUCGAAUCGACGCUUCAACCAACCUGACAUAACAAACGUAUCACAAGAGAAAACCAAGCUCUUGAACCAGGCAGCCAGCUUCUACUGUUGAACAUGGCUGAUUUUCUUUCCAACGAAAAAUCAGAAAUAAAGAGACAAACAAACGAAGAAACGUACUUUUCAAGUCCAAAGGGUGUAUUGUAUUAUGAUAGCAGUUUUUUAUUUCCUAUUUUCUACUUUUAUUGUAAACAAACCCAUUUAAGAAUACGGACCAUCCUUCACUAUUUGACCUGGUUUCGUAAAAUUACAAAAACAAACGAUUCGCAAAACGCGAAACGUUUCCCGAUUCAUUCAUGGAUAUGGAGGAACAAAAUGCGUCCGUAAUGAACGAACGGAUUCUUACAGAGAGCCCUGUUGGCCUGAACGAGAAUCCAGCUCAGCAACCGGAUGAUUUGACAUUGCGAAAAACAGCACUCCAUGUUUCUGGGGUGGAUAAUAUGUCAGAAGCGCAAAUUAAAGAGUUUGUUUCCACUUAUGCUCCCGAGCAUGAAUGCGUGAUUGAAUGGAUUAAUGACAACGAAUGUAACUUGGUAUAUCCAGAUGAAGAUGUCGCUCGAAGAGCUCUUUUCCUACUCGUAUCUGAGCCAUUUUCUGAUUUUGAUGACAAUGCUGAAUACCGUAUGAAGCCUUGUCCAAGCUUUCUCUCCUCUUCACAUCAAAUCCGUUAUGCAAGAUACUCGGAUAAGAAAGUAAAAAGUGCUCAUCUAUAUUCCCGUUACUACCUGUUCCAUGGGGACCCUCACGAGAAGGCCGAAUCCUCUAGUUCUCAAAGGAAAUCGCCCGAAAAAGAAGAUAUGGAAGAAACAUCGAAUCCUUUGAGGAAACGAAUUGGGCCCAAAGUUUCUCAGCUGUCUCUCUUAGAACGAAUUUCCGCUAGCCCAGCAGCAGGACGAAAACAUAGACGAAAUAGAAGAUCAAAAAAGAAAACAAAUUCUUAGCGUCAAAAAUUACGGUCUAAUGGUAUCAAUUUGCACUGUUGUCUAUAUAGAAUUGCUACUCACUAGCGUGGUUGAUUGAUACAAGGUUUACUCAUUUCAAUGCAAAGGGAAUAUAUAAUAUAAUUUAUUAAAAAAGAGUAUAAAAGUGAUUAAAAAAUUUCGGAGAGAAUGCAUCACAAAAUAAAAAUGAAAGCUG